AUGAAAAUUUCCAUCGCUCUCCUCCUUGCGGCCGUUACCAUCGUCAUGGCUCUCGGGGACGGCGAACCAUGCAUUACCGAGGGCGCUCCCUGCGGUUACUACGACAAGUGUUGCCCGGGGCUUACGUGCCAUGAUUGGUAUGAGGAGGGGAUCGGCAAGUGCGAGCGAGUAAUUCUAAACAAACUCGAAGCAGAUCGCGGCGGCGACAAGAUGUGA